GUAUUCAAUGUCAGUUUCGAAGAAGCAGAAAGUGUCACAGAGAAGAAAUGGGAGAAAGAGACUCAUAUAGUAUUAUACUAUUAUUUUUCGUAUUAUAUUAAUAUUAAUUACCAUAUAUAUUAAUGAAUUUAGCCAUUUAUCCAUGUCCUGAUAAAAGGAACAGGGAGAUUCAGAAGAAGUAAUAAAGAGUGAGUGGUAUAAAGAAGAAGAAGAAGAAGAGGAGGAAAAAUGAGAAAACCCUAAUUGGAGGAUGUGAUAUGAUUAUAUAUGAUCGAUGGAAGAGAAACCCUAGAAUCGGAGGGGUAUAAUCGACGGCGACGUAGAUGCUUGUUGUGGUUGGAGUGUCGUGGGAUCUGAAUUGGUUCCUGCAACUCUUAGUCUCCGUUAUCGUUGUGGCCGUUGGGGUUCACAUUUUCGUCAAAACCACUGCUUCCAAGUACUUCGAGGUUGACGCCAAUUUCGAAGGGGAUCAACACCCUCUCCCCGACGCAAUGCCUGGCAUUCUCGCCGCCGGCGACACUCUCUGCGCCGUCUGCGCAACACGCGCCACCAAAAAGUGUUCCCGCUGUAAAGCCGUUCGAUAUUGCUCACAAGAAUGCCAGCAGUCGCAUUGGAAGUCUGGGCAUAAAACGACAUGCAAGGAUUUUUCGGCUCAAAAUGGGGCAACAACUAAUCGAGGGUUAAAGGCUUCUGUUGCUGGGAGUAAAAGCUCCACUUCAAUUGCACUCAUACCUGCCUCUGGAGCAACGCCUUCCAGGCCAAUCAAGCAGCCUAAAGAUGUUCUUUUUCCUUAUGAUGAAUUUGUCAAUUUUUUUAACUGGAACAAGCCAGGAUUUCCUCCUUGUGGACUCUUGAAUUGUGGAAACAGUUGCUUUGCAAAUGUGGUUCUUCAGUGUCUCUCAUUCACAAGACCACUCGUUGCCUACUUGUUAGAGAAGGGCCACCACAGAGAGUGCUGUUGUAAUGAUUGGUGCUUUCUAUGUGAUUUUGAAAAUCAUGUUGAAAGAACAAGGCUAAGUUCACAGGCAUUUUCUCCAAUGAAUAUUCUCUCUCGUUUGCCUAAUAUUGGUGGUACACUCGGUUACGGAAGACAAGAGGAUGCUCAUGAGUUCAUGAGGUUUUCCAUUGAUACUAUGCAAUCUGUUUGCCUUGAUGAAUUUGGUGGAGAAAAAGCUGUCCCUCCUAACUUUCAGGAGACAACUCUUAUUCAACACAUUUUUGGUGGCCGCCUUCAAUCUGAGGUGAUUUGCACAAAAUGUGAUAAGAUUUCAAAUCAGUAUGAAAAUAUGAUGGACUUGACAGUUGAAAUUCAUGGAGAUGCUGCCUCAUUGGAGGAAUGUCUGGACCAGUUUACUGCCAGGGAGAGGCUUGAUGGGGAAAAUAUGUAUAAAUGUGAGGGGUGCAAGGAUUAUGUCAAGGCAUGGAAACGUCUUACAAUAAAAUGUGCUCCAAAUAUUCUUACAAUUGCCUUGAAAAGAUUUCAGAGUGGGAGGUUCGGGAAACUUAACAAGAGAAUAGCCUUCCCUGAGACUUUAAAUCUUAGCCCCUACAUGAGUGAAGCUGGAGAUGGAUCUGAUAUUUAUAAGCUAUAUGCUGUUGUAGUACAUAUUGAUAUGCUAAAUGCUUCAUUUUUUGGUCAUUACAUCUGCUACAUCAAGGAUUUCCAGGGAAACUGGUAUAGGAUUGAUGACUGGAAGGUUACGAGCGUGGAGUUGGAAGAUGUACUUUCUCAGGGAGCAUAUAUGCUGUUGUAUAGCAGGUGUAGUGCCAGGCCAUCAGGCCUUCAUAUUCAAACAAAUGAAUCUUCAGGGAUAGCAGAAGUGCGAACAAUGGAAGUUAAAGUGGAGCCUGGACAAACUGAACAAGAUGAAUGCCUCUCAAAUAUGAAGACUUUGAGUUGUAGUAGAGGUUGUGGAGUUUUUCCACCUGAUAAUAGUCCAGAACCAAACCUCAGCUAUGACCACGAGUCUUCUACUGGAUUGAACUCAAAAACUAAGAGAGAGCGGUUUGAAGAUAUAGACGUGAUUGAUGUUGAUUCAACUGGUACUGCAGAUGAGAUUUCUUGCAUUGCUGUUGAAUCAUCUUAUGUGCCUAUUUCUCAAGCCAGCAAAGAUCUGGGGGAUGUAGAUGUUAGCAGAUCUUUAGAAGAGACUUCAGGCUGCAUGGAAGAGCAAAAUGAUACUAACAUGGCCAAGUCUGGUCCUUGUCUAGGUUUACUGAAUGACUCUUCCUUCUUUGAUAACCCUUCUUCUGUUUCAAGGAAUCAUCAACGAAACGUGGAAGAUGAUUCAGAACAUACAGAUGUGGUUAAAGGCAAGUUGAUUGCUGCUAAAGAUAAUGCAUAUUAUGGUAAUGGAUUCGUCAGUGAAAAUAAGUUCGCUAUUCCAGUUGAAGAUGCUAGCACACAUUUUUCUGGCAUUGGUUCUUUUCCCAAUGAAAAUGACAAAGGAAAUGGAAUUAAGAAAGUGGAAAAUAUCAGCUGACUUCAAGGAGCCGCUAUUUUUGUCGUGUCUUCAUAUCAUUUGAUUAUCCCAUCAUCGAAAGGUGGUGAGUUGGGAAAUUUUUGUCUGGGGUUUCAUUAUUUGCAGGAACCUUGGAUCUCAUUGUAACAUUUCCAGAUGGAUUUUCUAAUUUAAUUUUACUGAUAGAAAACAACUGUCCUUAUUUCCCUUCACUCUUUGUAAAUAAGACAACAAAUUUCUAGGUUGCCGCGUACCUCCAUCGUUGGGUAUGUUUAGUAUAAUUAAUUUUGAAAAUUUAGUUUUCGAAAAUUUU